GUUCCUGCGCGUACCAUGUUCUUAGUGUGGCCCUAGGAGAGCCCUGACCAAAGCCCUGGCGCCCGUGUGGGGGUUGGGGGUCUAGUCCAGCACAGCGGCAUUCGCACCCUCGAAAGUGCAAGAGCGCAUGCCCAGAGCGGCGGGUAUUGUCACGUGCGGCCCUCGCGCGAGUUGGCCCGCCAGCGAUCUCGGAGGGGAUUGGCUGGCGGGGUGGGCGCGGCGCAAAGGCUGUCGGGAAAGAGCUGAUGUGUUUCGGGACUCCCGCCUCCCAACGAGACCUGAGUGCGUGCGGGCCGUGGGAGCGGCCCUUCUCCCCCAGCCUGCCGCGGGUGGGGCCGGCGUGCCGUCUGUCUGGACCCUCGGUGACCCCGCCCCGACGGCCGCCGGCAGCCCGGGCCAGCCCGCAGCCCCACCCGGAUGGAGAUCCUGGACGAGUUCGACAACGAGUUCCCCCAGAGCGUGAUCUUCUGCCAGCGCAUAUCCGAGGAGGCCUUCGAGAGGCAGGCCUCGACCUACACGGAGCGCGCGCUGCGCCGCCUCUUCCGCAGCCUCGACCGCAACCCGGCGCUGGCCGAGCGGGUGGUGCGAAAGGGCAAGCAGGCCGAGUGCGAGCAGCGCGGGUUCCUCUCCUUCCUCUGGGCGAAGUUCUUCUGUGCAAUCCAGGGGGAGCUGAACUUUUGCAACAGCAUGGGCUCCAUGGAGAUGUACCGACGCCUGGAGCACCUGAAGAGGAGCAUCCAACGUGUGCACCUCUACUCCCAGAAUGCCAAGAAGAAGAGAAGGAAGCCAAAAGUGAAGAAACUAGAGCCCGUCCUCUUGCGCAACCGUUCAACUUCCCCCUGCCUGCCACCAACACUGCUGCCGCCUCCACCACUGCCACCACCUGUCACCACCGUGUCCUCUGUGGUGGUCCGGUCGUCACCCUCUGUCUACACGAUGCCCAGGGUCUUUGGCCCAUUCCCUCAGCUGCCUAACAAGUCGAAGGAGAAAUUGGAAGCUCCAAGUUCUGAAGUGAAAUUAAACUGGCUGUCAUCGAACCCAAAGAGACGCAUGGUUGACCUGACCCCUUUAGUCCUCAGUCCUGGAGGCUUCCAUCUCUCGUACGUGCCCAGAAACAGGUACAAGCUCCACUACCCUGGCUUCCACUGGACUUCAGCCUGUAAUGACUCCCCCAACACCAAGGAGACACCGUCCCCUCCUGUGGAGACCCCCACCUGUCCUGGAGUUUUCACCCCACCUGUCCUGUUCCAGUUCCAGCCUGUGCCCACACCUAAAGCUGACUCAGAGACUGACCACGACAGCGCCAAGUCUGUGCCCCACACGCGGGGCCCAUAACCUCUUCCCUGCAGACUGCCGGAGGAAUGAAUAAAGUUCUCAUGGAGGUGCCUUUCUCCUGUUGGGCUUCUUAGGGGCUGUGCAGUCCCGUGGCUUCCCUGCACCCCGAAGAGCUUGUCGGUACUGCCUUCCUGAGGCCGUGAGGCCUGAGCUUAUGUACAUCAGGUGGUCAGGUCAGUGCUACUGUGAACUCCCCUCACUUG